GUUAAAGUUUUUUGAAGAAACACCCAGGUACUCUAUACGUUCCAAUUUGCAUGACCAUAAAUACAUUGCAAUACGCGGUCGAGUACGGACGUGUCAUUUUUAUUUCUACGCAAACUGCGCGGCUCCUGCCGCUGCACGUUAUUAUUCGCUAUGAGUUCGCAUCAACUCAUAGCCAACGAACUGUUGGCAUUCAUACAACAUGCCAUAGAUACCAUGGACGAAGUGAGCAUUAUGCAGAUCUGCAAAUCCAACUUCAAAGAAGAUGAGAUUAGCAAGGGCAAGCAGCUCAUUUUCCAAUCACUGGGGAAGCUCGACCAGAUGCCGACUCGAAGAAGGGAUGGAACUGAGAAAAGCAUUCAGGACAUCAUCUCGAUAUUAAAGGUGACCGAUCCAGACGACGUGCCAACAUUCGUGGCGAAGGAGCUGCACAGGCUCCCUCCCGUGACAUUCGAUCAUGUUGAUGUUACCAGGCUACUGAAAGACAUCUUGUUCCUGAAAACCAGCCUGGUGGAGAUGCAGUCUAAGUUAGAGGUUUCUGAUAACACCAUUAGUGAAUUACGUGCCGACAUAGUGCUGCUACGCAGUGCGGUUUCGGAAUGUAGGCCACUUGACACCUCUAACGUGAACACUCGUCGCGGUGCGCAAGUUGCUGUAGCACGCAGUUUUGAGGAGGCGAAUACGUCACCGGGCGCUAUCAAUUCUGCUAGCGAUGCAUCACGUGCCGCCGCAGCUGACCGACUGUCGACUUCAGGUCAGGUUACGACACGCAUGAGCACAUCGCCCCUUAAGCGUGCUUACGCCGAUAUUACCGCUGCCAGCAAACCUGCUAAAUCCCAGGAUAAGCAAAUAGGGGGAAAACAGAAUCGUGAAUGUGUCCACAAAGAUUGGAAACAACGGGGUUCUGACGAAGAUGGUUUCAUCACGGUGGAGAAGCGAAAGAAGAGGAAACCCACUUGUCGGAACCAGUGCGGCACCGCACCGACUGGACCUAACUUUCUGCUGCGUCCUGCCACACCAACGACGCUGCUGUACGUGUCCCGGCUGCAUUACACUACAAAGGUUGAGGAGAUCGUAGAGUACAUCCGAGUGAAAUCCAAAUUCGUCAUGAGAGUCGAGCGGUUGGAGUCUCGUCAUAAUACAAACUUCAAUUCCUUUGUGGUGAGGGUGCCCACUGAACACCUGUCGAUUCUUAUGAAGGAAGAAUUUUGGCCGAAAUGUGUAGUGUUCCGGCGAUUUCGAGGCCGGAUACCAGACACCGAGCGACACACGACUCCGAUACUUCGUGUAAAAUAAGCAGUAAAAUUAAAUAUUAUGUAUAUGUGUGUAUAGUAUUUGCAACCUGAAUUAUUUGUAUUGUAUUAUUGUAUAUUUCACUAUGGGCCAAGAUGCCUGAGACAAAUAAAUAAAUAAAAAAAAAAAAUAAAUGCUGUUCAAUUCAAAUGAUGUAAAAGCUUGUCGUGAGAUUGGGUGGACGUAGAUCGUGAAGUAUCUCGUACUUAUUUUUGGUAAAUAUAAACUACAAGGGCUGACAGGUAUAUUACCCAAUCUUUUCCUCUUUUAUUGAUCGUACCUUGAUGCAGCAGCCAGUUGAAUAUUACAGACUGCUGAAAUGCGACACAGUUCUUCAUUACUAUGAUGAUCUUUAUAUUAUGUAUAAUUUUUAUUAUUAAUUUACACAAUUCAUAAUUAGAAUUUACACUUCGGGAUCAUACCGACACCAACUACACACAGCAUCAUAUGUACGAGAGCAAACAGCCCGUACAGAUGGUUUCAUCGAAAACAUUAAUUGAAUUUGAGAUAAACUAUGUACCUAAUAUUCUAGCUUGCCGCAUAUAAAUUACUAGAUUUUACACGUUGCGUUGCCCGCGUAUUCAGGUUUUAUCCCAUGGGAGCAUUUAAUCGGGAUAAAAAGUUUGUUUUUUUAAUUUUAGUAUCCUAUCACCUAUGAGGUACAUAUAACUGUAAAUUUCAUCAAAAUCCAUUCAAUAGUUUCGGCGUGAUUGACGGUCAAACAUACAAACAAGGAAACUUUCACAUUUAUAAUAGGUAUUAGUGUGAUGUUAAUCGCUACUGGACUGUUGCUCCAUAGAUUUUUGAAGCAUUAUCCUUUAUAAUGUUAGUUAAACUAAAAUAUUCAAAUUUAUUACGGCCAUCCAUUUGUUCACCUACUACUUAGGUAAAUAGUUGUGACGCUAAAUGUUGCUUUC